GAGGGAACGAAGCAGGAGCCGCCUGGACCGAGUCGCCGCUGCCCGCCAUGGCUCUGCCCCGGUCACUGCUGCUGCUGCUGCUGGUCCUCGGCCCCUGGCCGGGCCGCGCCUCCGACGUGCUGGAGCUCGGGGACUCGGACUUCGAGAGCGGCCUGGCCGAGCGCCCGGGGCUGGUGCUGGUGGAGUUCUACGCGCCCUGGUGUGGGCACUGCAAACGACUAGCCCCGGAGUACGAGGCUGCUGCUACCAGACUGAAAGGAAUUGUCCCUCUAGUAAAGGUUGACUGUACAGCAAACUCAAACACCUGUAACAAAUACGGAGUCAGUGGCUAUCCCACCCUAAAAGUUUUCAGGGAUGGUGAAGAGGCAGGUGCCUAUGAUGGGCCCAGGACAGCAGAUGGGAUUGUCAGUCACCUCAAGAAACAGGCAGGGCCUGCCUCAGUGGCUCUCCACUCUGUGGCAGAUUUUGAAAAAUUCAUCAGUGACAAAGAUGCUUCUGUGGUGGGCUUCUUCAAAGAUGCAUUUGGUGAUGCUUAUUCAGAGUUCAUGAAAGCAGCCAGCAACCUAAGAGAGAGCUACCGCUUUGCACACACCAGCGAGGAGGAGCUGAUACAGAAGUAUGAGGCAGACGGAGAGGGUGUUGUCUUAUUCCGUCCUCAACGUCUGGCAAACAAAUUUGAAGACAGCACUUUGAGGUACACAGAGGACAAAAUCACCAGUGGCAAGAUCAAGAAGUUUCUCCAGGAGAACAUUUUUGGCAUCUGUCCACAUAUGACAGAAGAUAACAAAGACUUGAUACAAGGGAAGGACUUGCUGGUGGCUUAUUAUGAUGUGGACUAUGAGAAGAAUGCCAAGGGCUCCAACUACUGGCGCAACAGAGUGAUGAUGGUGGCACAGAAGUUCCUGGAUGCUGGACACAAGCUCUACUUUGCUGUUGCUAGUAGAAAAACCUUUGGCCAUGAGCUUUCAGAGUUUGGCCUGGACAGCAGCACAGGGGAGGUUCCUGUCGUUGCCAUCAGAACCGCCAAGGGGGAGAAAUAUGUUAUGCAAGAGGAAUUCUCCCGUGAUGGGAAAGCUCUGGAGAGAUUCUUGCGGGAUUACUUUGAUGGUAACCUGAAAAAAUACCUGAAAUCAGAGCCCAUUCCAGAGAACAAUGAUGGUCCUGUGAAGGUGGUGGUUGCUGAAAACUUUGAUGACCUUGUUAAUGCGGAGGACAAAGACGUUCUGAUUGAGUUCUAUGCCCCAUGGUGUGGCCACUGCAAGAACCUGGAGCCCAAGUACAAGGAACUAGGAGAAAAGCUCAGCAAAGACCCCAACAUUGUCAUAGCCAAGAUGGAUGCUACAGCCAAUGAUGUGCCUUCUCCAUAUGAAGUCCGAGGCUUCCCCACUAUCUAUUUUGCUGCAGCUGGUAACAAGCAGAAUCCAAAGAAAUAUGAGGGAGGCCGGGAGGUGAGCGACUUCAUUAGCUACUUGAAGCAGGAGGCGACCAGCCCCCCUGUGCUGCAGGAGGAGGAAAAGCCCAAGAAAAGGAAGAAGGCCCAGGAGGAUCUGUAAAGCACCUAAUCACCCAGCUCACCAGUGUGUCAGGAGGAAUUGUGUGGGCAUUGGGGAAGCCC